AUGACGUGCUACGAAACGCUGAGAGCUUCGGCACCCGCCGCGGACGCCCCCAUGGCGCACCACUUCGUCAAGUGGUGGCGCAACAAGUUUAGAAAUGGAUAUAAGAAAUUCAGCAUCGGUACUGAAGGUGAACGUACUGAUACGGAGGAGUUGGUCGGCCGCGCUGCCUCUCAAUGUUCCGCGCCGCCGGAUCUUCUUCCGAGCGAGGCCAGAACAUUGCUACAGUCGAGCACCCCGCCGCCUCCCGUCCCCGCUAGAAGAUAUGAACCCUUCACCAAGAGAAUACCGUCUCCAGAUAAACCUAAUGAAACUAUAGAUGAUAAACCGAGACUGAGGUUUGAAGAAUUAACGUGCGAUGUUGAAUUACAACAUUCGGAGUCCUCUAAACAGCAGCCGUUGCAGUUUUCAUUCACUCUUUACGAUCUCGACGGUCACGGACGAAUGACUAAAGACGAUAUAGCCGGUAUAGUGUCGACGAUAUACGACUCGAUAGGCAAAUCGGUGACGGUUCCGCACUAUGGAUCAAAAACUAUACAAGUGAGACUGACGGUCGUUCCGGAGGACGGGCGGAGGAAGCGGCGGGAGAGGAGGGAGGCGAGGGAUGGGAGGAAUGAUAGAAGGAAAAAAGAGACAGCGGCUAAUAUACCAGAGAACAGUGAGGAGGAACAUCAUGACAGGCUGUCGAACGAAGAAGACGUGUCAUCGAAAUCCUCCUGCUCCGAUGACAGGAGACCACCGCAAAGACCGCCGCCCGUACUACGACAAAAAUCACACAGACAUCCGAAAAGGGAACUCCGGGAGAGGAAAUAUGUUAAGAAAAGAUCAGGCAGCCUGCAACGCCGGGAAUUACUGGAAAUCAUACAAGCUAACAUGGAAAAAAAUCAUCUGAGCUUUCAAACGUCUAGAAAGCCCAGCGAAACCACAGUUAACGAAGAAGAUAUCUCAAAUAAAUACCAGAAGCUUCGGAACAGAUCGUACACAAUGACUGACAAACCCGUUAAUGUGAUGAAGAGAUCCAAACAGGAGUCUCCGAGCCACGGAUAUCUGGACUUAGCUUGUGGAGGGGACUCAAACUUAUGUAGAUACGAUAGAUACUUACACGCUGUGAUAUGUUCUUCAGCUCGUCACGCUCACACAGGUUACCAUCAGAAACAAACGCAAUCUUCCAAACAUAAAUCCCAUAACCCUAACUCAAGAUCGAGGUCCCAUGACCACCAUCAACCACACUCCACCCAACCCAGAGUAUUGCAGAUAAUAUUCUUAUAG